CCACUAGAACCGGCUCGUUAGGGACUCUCAGAAUCGCGAAAGAGUUAUCUCUGCUGUAACUGAGCGGACCGCCUUCUUUUUCUUUACGACGCCACCUAAACGAAACGCGAGAGCAUUUCUGAGGCUUUCUGGAACCCCGGGGAUAAAAAGGGUGGGGGAGGGGGUGGAGCCAGACAGUGACCCGGAAGAAGAAGUAAUUCCCAGAGGCGGAGUGCAGGGGAGCGGCAGCGGCGAUCGCAGCAGUGGAAGCGGCAAUUUAUCUGUGUGCAGCCCCCAUCUUGGAAGAAGAUGCUAAUUAAAGUGAAGACGCUGACCGGAAAGGAGAUUGAGAUUGACAUUGAACCCACAGACAAGGUGGAGCGAAUCAAGGAACGUGUGGAAGAGAAAGAGGGAAUCCCUCCACAGCAGCAGCGGCUCAUCUACAGUGGUAAACAGAUGAAUGAUGAGAAGACAGCAGCUGAUUAUAAAAUCCUAGGUGGUUCAGUCCUCCAUCUGGUGUUGGCUCUAAGAGGAGGAGGUGGUCUCAGACAGUGAUGGACCCUCUCUCCAUUUUACCUCUUUACCCUGUUCCUCGUAAUGAGGCAUCAUAUAUCCUAUCACUCUCUGGAACACCAGAGUGACUGCCCCCUCUCCUGGAUGCCCAGUCUUGUGUGUCUACUGGUAGGAGACUGUGAAGACCCCAGGAUGCAGUGUUUCUGGGCCAAAGGACCCUUCCUGGCUAUUGGGUUUCAGUUUGCACACCUAUGUACUUCCUUCUCUUGUGACUAUGUCCCUGGUUCGCAAUAAAAUAAAAUAUAAAAGACUCCUGGCCUCCUGAAAUC